CAACUUCCUCUUCUGUGGUCAGUUACCUUCCAGACAUUAGCCCUGGCCUUCCUACUGGGGCUUCCUCUCUGUCCUGUGACAGUGAAGCACCAUGACUCUGGCCCCGAAGUUGUUGCCGCUGCUGCUGUCCCUGCUGUGGGCAGGGUCCCUGGCUCAGGAGUCAGAAUUCCGGCUGCAAGUGCAGGAGACCGUGACAGUGCAGGAGGGCCUGUGUGUGCGUGUGCCCUGCAGAUUCUCCCACCCCCAUCGUGGAUACACCGACGAUGACCCAGCUUAUGGCUACUGGUUCCGGGAAGGGAGCGAUUACAGCCAGCGUGUUCUAGUGGCCACAAACAACCCAGAUCAAAAAGUGCAGGAGGAGACCCAGGGCCGAUUCCAUCUCCUCGGGGACCCCCGGGACUACAACUGCUCCCUGGACGUCAGAGACGCACAGAGAAGGGACUCGGGGACAUACUUCUUUAGGGUGGAGAGAGGGUCUUAUGUGAGAUAUACUUACCGACAGAACCAGCUCUCCGUGCGUGUGACCGCUCAGACACAGACACCUGACAUCCACAUCCAGGGGCCCCUAGAAUCUGGCCACCCCGAGAACAUUACCUGUAGUGUGCCAUGGGCCUGUGAGAGGGGGACACCACCCACCUUCUCCUGGACCGGGGAGGCCUUCACCUCCAGGGGCUCCAAGACUCCCCAGUCCCCCAUGCUCACCCUCACCCCAAGGCCCCAGGACCAUGGCACCAACCUUACCUGUCGAGCGACCUUCCCCGGAGCUGGUGUGAGCAUGGAGAAGACCAUCCAGCUCAACGUGUCCUAUGCGCCCCAGAACGUGACCAUCGGUGUAUUGCGAGGAGAAGGUCCAGGACUUGAAGCUCUGGGCAACGGUUCAUCUCUCCCAGUCCAGGAGGGCCAGUCCCUGCACCUGGUCUGCGUGGACGACAGCAGCCCUCCUGCCAGGGUGAGCUGGACCCGGGGUAGCCUGAUCCUGCAGCCCUCACAACCCUCAAAUCCUGGGGUCCUGGACUUGCCCCGGGUGGAACUGGGGGACCAUGGGAGAUACGUCUGCCGAGCCCAGCACCUGUUGGGCUCCCUGGAAGCAUCCCUGAACCUCCUUGUGAAGAACCCUCCGAAGCUGUUUGGUCCCUCCUGCUCCUGGGAGGGCGAGGGGCUGCACUGCAACUGCUCCUCGAGAGCCCUGCCUGCCCCCACCCUGUGCUGGCAGCUGGGGGAGGGGCUGCUGGAGGGGAACCACAGCAACGCCUCCUGGACCGUCACCUCCAGCUCUGCGGGGCCCUGGGCCAACAGCUCCCUGAGCCUCAGCGGGCCGCUGGGCUCCGGCCUCAGACUCAGCUGCGAGGCCCGGAACGCCCACGGGCAACAAAGCGUGGCAGUUCUGCUGCUGCCAGGGAGACCAGGGCCCAGGAUGGGUGUGACUCAGGGGGCCAUCUGGGGAGCUGGUGUUACAGUCCUGCUUGCUCUCUUUCUCUGCCUCAUCAUCUUCUUCGCAGUGAAGACCUACAGACAGAAAUCAACCCAGAAAGCAGAGCGCGGGGAUGGUGUCCAUCCAACCUUGAAUACCGUCUCCCAGGAUCACCUGAGCAAACCCUGGUCAGGCAGACCCUCAGACCCCCUGCCUCCAGCUGUGGCCACCUCCCCGUCAGAGAACGAGCAGGAGAUCCACUACGCCAACCUCAGCUUCCACGGGCUGAAGCCACACAACUUUCAGGACCAGGAGACCACUGAAUACGCAGAGAUCAAGAUCCAGAAAUGAUGACCCUAACCCGCUCCCUGCCUCCAGGAGGGCCAGCUCUGACUGGAGCCUGGACGGGACAUCUCUGAAGAAAUGCAUGUCAGGCACUGAGUCCUUAAGACUUGACAGCUCUCUGAGCCAAAGCUUAUAAAUGGGAAUGUGACACUCCUUGGUGUGGCAGAAAGUCACAGUUAGAUUCCUGAGUUCAACCAUCAGGCAAGCCACUUCACCUCCCCGUGCCUCCUCCCUGUGUUUCCUCCUCUGUAGAAUGGGCACGUUGUUCAGUGGGAAAAAAUGCACCAUUGGCGUUGUUAAGUAUAUCCUUACGUGUGACGUUUACCUCAGGAUGGAGGGACAUAUCAGCUUUGGAACAUGUAUUAUUUUGUCUUCUGUUUUCUUUCUUCUUUUUGGGGGGAGGGGUGUCAUGUAUUAUUUUUAAAAGUAAAUCUAUUUCUCAAUGUAACCCUCUAGCAGGAGUAGAUAUUUCCCAAUACAUGUAUCGAACAAAGGAUUCAUCCAUAGUAUAAAAAGAAUAUGUAAGGAUCUUUCAAAAAUCAAUAAGAGGCAGACAACACAAUAAAAAAGCGAGAUAUUCAAAGGGCCCAUAGACAUAUAGAAAGUUGUGUAACGUCAGUAGCUGUCAAGGAAAUGCGAGUAAAGACCCCAAUGCCGGGCCACUGCACGGCCACCACACUGGCUAAAAUAAUAAAAACAGUAUCAAGAACAUCAGGUGUCGAAGACAUUAUACUAAGUGAAAUAAGCCAUCACCAAAGGACAAAUACUGCCUGAUUCCAGUUAUACCAAGUAUCUAAAGCAAUCAAAUUCUUAGAGACGGAAGGUAGAGAGGGCACAGGGGAGGGAAAGUAGGAAGCUGCUUUUCAGUAGGCAGAGUUUCAGUUCUGUAAGAUGAAGCUUCCUAGAGCUUAACAAUGUGCAUGUAAUUAACACUACUGUACCAUAGACUUAAAAAUAUUUAAGAUGGUAAACUUUAUGUGUGUGGUUUUGUUUUUUUACCACAACAAAAAGGAGUAAUACAUAGUGGUUACCAAGGGGUUUGGAGGCAGGGGGAGUGGAUGGACAAUUAAUAUUUAACGGGUACAGAAUUUCAUCCAUCCGUGGAUGGAUGGCGAUGGUUGGACAAUGUGAAUGCACUGAAUGCCGCUAAUUAUACACUCAAAACAGCGCACAGUUUUAUGUUAUGUCUACUUUGCCACAAUAAAAUUUUUUUCUUAAAGAAUAUCAA